AUGUCUCAAAUCCUCCUUCUACCCGCUCCUCUCUCUUCGACCUCCUUCACGCUGGGUCAGCUGCUCAGCGAGCCACUGCACCCAGGCUCGACCUUCUUCAAGCCAGCAACAAAGCCAGCGUGCAACCAACCUACGACACAGUCUCGCUAUGAGGACGUGCUUUCCCAGGAUGACCAAGGACGCUUCCUCUCCAGCCUCGGCAAGACUGCCUCAUCUCUCGACAACACCGUUGUGUUGAAUGCUGAUGAAAUGUCUUUGCUCUCGCUCGCCAACCCCCCGGCUGCAUUCGAGCUCCUCCGCCGCGACACCGAAGCCCAAAGCUUCCUUCGCAAGUCAGCCCUGCAACGUCAGCCGUUGUACUUCGUCACCGGCAUCCAGAAGCUCAGAAAUGCCUCAUACCAGAAACGCUCUUCGGAAAGGGCGGGGUCAACGGCCGAGGCUACCGGGCACCAGCUCCGACUGCCCAUACACGUACGUCGGGACUCCGCAGAGCUCGAGUCCGAGCAAGAAGACACAAGGGAAUCUGUCUUCGCCGUCGAGCUGAUGAAGGUCGCCUGCCGAGCUGGAGCCAAAGAAGAGCCACACACGCUGGAGGACAUCGACUAUGUCUGGACGUACCAUGCGCUUGAGGAGCCUGGCAUGCAGCUUUCUAUUGGCUUGGGUAAGGCUUUGCAACCCAAAGAGCUGAGAGCACUCGUUGGUAUCACCGUGGAGGAAGACCUCGAAGAGCAACGUCAUUACGACCACUAUUUUGAGGACGAAGGCCUAGCCGGGUUUUAG